AUGUCCAUGCAAGAGUUCUCGGACAAUCUGUCGACCCUGUCGUAUGUAUCCCGGCGCCGUAUACCACUUUGGCUUUAUGACCCAAAGAAUAAGGCGAUUCUUGGCAGAACUGCCUGUAGUUGGGCGCUGUGCAUUUUGUUUUAUGUUGUCUAUUACCUUUGCUUGGCUGGAUUCUUCAUGGGAAUGAUGAUGGUAUUUCUGCAUACGCAAGUACCCGAUGAUGAACCAGCUCGGUCUGGGAUGCAUAGUAUUUUGCAGUUGCAACCUGGCGUUGGAUUUCGUCCAAUGGUCGAUGUGCAGAAGUCACUCAUCAAAUUCGCAAGGACGGACCCGCAAAGCUUCCUAGUUUAUACUGAAAAUAUUGACGCUUUCCUGGAAACGUACCGUGUAGUAAACGCCAAACCUGAAAAUCAAUUUGCCAACUGUACGGAUGGGGUAAAAAGCCCCGACGAGCCAGAAAAGGUCUGCAAGUUUCCUUUAGAGCAACUUGGAGUUUGUAAUGCCGAAGAAAAGUAUGGAUAUCCCGAAGGCAAACCCUGUGUUAUUCUGAAACUUAACAAGAUAUAUGGCUGGCUACCGAGUAUAGAAAACGCCGAUGUGGCACCAAACGCGUUGAUUAACUGCACAGGCCAAAACCCUGCAGAUGUGGAGAACCUUGGAGAAUUGCGUUAUUUCCCGGAAGCUUCCGUAAACGGCAAAACGUACGGCUACUUUGACAGCAUUUACUUCCCGUUCAUUGGACAACCUGGCUAUUUGGGUCCGCUUGUUGCGGUCAAAUUCGAAAACGUCAGGCGAAAUGUGGCCAUCUUGGUCGAAUGCAAACUGCGCAACUUGAACAAUGCCCUCGACACGCAACUCGCAUUUGAAAUCAUGGUAAACUAGAUUUUAAAGCGCACUGCGACGAGAUUAGGCAACGUCCAGCUCUCCACAUUCUCCAUGAGUAUGUACACGCGCGUGCUAUACCGUAUGAUUUCCGUUCUCACCCUUAGCGCCCAUUGUUUUCUCCCUUUCCAUCAACUUAAGAACAGAGCACACACACAAAAGCACACCCCUAGCACAUGAAUAUCUCGCUAUCUUUCAGAGCUGUACAAACAUUCAUACUAACCCACACGCAACUUAAUAUGAUUGACUUAGUCUUCGACUGUUUCUAGUCCUUCGCUGAUCUUUUAUCGUUGUUUCCCGGCUACCUCUAUCUCGGGACUCAAACGCCUGCUGUUCGACCUGUUUUAUGCCCGUACUUCUCUUUACACUGCAUUUAGUCUUUUCACAAGCUCAACGCUCCUAGUCCAAACUAGUACAAGACUCGUUGUUUGAUAAAAAGGAGCUAGUGGUAAUGUAGUAGCAGUAUAAGUCUAAUCCAAG